UUUAUGUUUAGAUUGAAUUAGUUGGCUGGACAAUUUAAGGAAGUCAAGUUCUUGGCAGAUCCUCUUGAAUAUCUUCAAUUGUAUGACAUGCUUGAAAAAGACGAAAAGGACAUUUGUUAUGCUGUUCGUAAAUUUGCAUAGGAAAAAGUAAUAAGAAUCAAUUAAUAAGGCGGCACCAACAAUCAAUAAGUAUGUUGAAGCAGCUGAAUUUCCUACAGAAAUAGUUGAAGCUUUAAAACCAUUAAAGUUAAUUCAUAAAACUGAUACAUAUGUGAAAACUGGUUUAGCCUAUUUAGAAUUAGCUAAAGUUGAUGCUGGUUUAUCAACAUUCUAUUUAUUAAUGUAAAAAUUGAUAUGAUUGAUUAGUUCAUCAUUGGUACCUUAUAGUAUUGAAACAUUUGGUUCAGAAUAAUAAAAAUAGAAAUACUUAACUAGGAUUAAGGAUAUGGAUAUUUUGGGAGGAUGGGCAUUAACUGAGAAAGAAUAUGGGUCUGAUGCAUCUAGUAUAUAAACUACAGUCAAAAAAGUUUAGGGAGGAUAUUUAUUGAAUGGUAAUAAGAGAUGGAUUGGAAAUGGAAAUAAGGAUAUUCUAGUUGUUUGGGCUAGAAAUAUUGAGAAUAAUAAUAUUGAAGGGUUUAUAAUAGAAAACAAAUGGGCUGGAGUUCAUGCAGAACCAAUCAAACAUAAAUUAGCAUUGAGAAUAGUUUAAAAUUGUUAAAUUACAUUUAAAGAUGUGUUUAUACCUGAUGAAAAUAAGAUGCCUAAAGCUAAAGACUUUUAGAACGGUGUAACUUAAGUAUUGUAACAUUCAAGAGUAGGAGUUCCUUGGAUAGCUUUGGGAAUAUAAGCAGGAGUAUAUGAGAAUGUGAUUAAAUUUACAACAAGAAGAAAGUAAUUUGGAAAAAAUAUUGCUGGAUUCUAAUUAUAAUAAGAGAGAUUGGCUAAGAUUUUAACAACAUUUUAAGCUAGUUUUUUGAUGGUUUUAUAAGUUUCAAGAUUGGCAUAAGAGAAAAAAGCAACUUUAGGAUAGAUUGCAGCUGUUAAAGCAUGGGUUUCUGAUAAAACAAGAGAAGUAGCUAGAUUAGGAAGAGAGAUGAUGGGAGGAGAUGGAAUUUUAAUUGAAAAUUAUUGUAUUAAGGCUUUAACUGAUGCUGAAGUAGUUUAUACAUAUGAGGUAAAUUAUAAAAUUAAAUAUUUCAAAGGGAUCUUAUGAUAUUAAUAGUUUGAUUGCUGGGAGGGAAAUAACAGGAUUAGCUGCAUUCAAGUGAU